GCAAAAGAUUUACGAAAGGGUUUAUUGUUUCUUUGCUUUCGGGAGCCGAAAUUGUUUGCUAUCUGCUCAGUUCUACAAUCAAAUAACGAGACGGAAAAAUGGCUGGUGGCAAGGCAGGAAAAGACAGUGGCAAAGCCAAGGCGAAAGCAGUGUCUCGCUCCCAGAGGGCUGGGCUGCAGUUCCCAGUGGGUCGUAUCCACAGGCACUUGAAGACUCGCACAACCAGCCACGGCCGCGUAGGUGCCACAGCAGCUGUGUACAGUGCAGCUAUCCUCGAGUACCUCACCGCUGAAGUACUAGAGUUGGCGGGCAAUGCCUCCAAAGACUUGAAGGUGAAGCGUAUCACUCCCCGUCACUUGCAGCUGGCCAUCCGUGGUGACGAGGAGUUGGACUCCCUUAUCAAGGCAACAAUUGCUGGAGGAGGUGUCAUUCCCCACAUCCACAAAUCCCUCAUUGGGAAGAAGGGCCAGCAGAAGACUGCAUAGAUGCCAUGUUGACCAGAAAUUUCGGGGCUUGGGCUUUGAUCGGACCAGGAGUUCACAUUUGUUCUUUUUUAUUAUUAAUAUUAUAGCAAAACGAAGAGUGAUUGUUAGGAUUUGUGUUGUAAUAUUUUCCCAUAACUAGAAAAAAAGUUCAGAAAACCCCCUAACGACAAAAAAAAACUAAAAAAAAUCUUUGUAUGUCAUUGUAGAACGUUUGACUGGGGAGUUCAUUAUUCUUUCAAAUGGUGACAGUGGAUUUGUUUGAUUGGCCUGGGACUCUGUAAUGUUUUAUACUGAAAGAAAUUGUUAAAAAACAUUUUUUAUAUAAAA